GCUUUUUGCUUUCCUAAUGUUGGCAAUAUUGCCGCCAUCGCCAUUUCAGUGUAAAGGAAGCAUCUAGUUUCGCGCCCGGUGAAAUAUUUACAGGUUACAGUUAUCAUUCGUGAUGAUAUCAGGCGUACUAAAAUAAUUAUUAUUGCCGAGCAGUUAUUAUUAAUUACCCAACCAUGUCUCAAACUGAAGAAGCUAUGGAUGUUGCUGAUGUGGGUGAUAAUUCGAAUGGCUCAUCGAGCGACACUACCUCAUCUAGAGGCAAAGAAGGAGAUUUUGAAAGUAAAAUUGAGACAGAUCGUUCAAAAAGAUUCGAGUUCCUGCUUAAGCAAACCGAGAUCUUUUCUCAUUUUAUGACAAACACUCCAAAGUCGAGCAGUCCUCCAAAGCCAAAAGCCGGAAGACCUAAAAAAAAUAAAGACCUUGAUACUUCGGGCGGAGCUGGAGAUCAUCGACAUCGUAAAACUGAGCAAGAAGAAGAUGAGGAACUUCUUGCGGAAACCAACACAAAAACAAAAAGCAUAUUCCGAUUUGAAUCAUCUCCACCUUAUGUAAAAAAUGGUGAAAUGAGAGAUUAUCAAGUGCGCGGUCUUAACUGGAUGAUAUCACUGUAUGAAAAUGGCAUUAAUGGAAUAUUGGCAGAUGAAAUGGGUUUAGGCAAAACACUUCAAACUAUAUCACUAUUGGGAUAUAUGAAGAACUUCAAAAAUGUUCCUGGGCCACAUAUUGUAAUAGUACCAAAGUCUACUUUGACAAACUGGAUGAAUGAGUUUAAAAAAUGGUGUCCAUCUUUGAAGGCUGUUUGUCUUAUUGGUGACCAGGAAACAAGGAAUACAUUCAUCCGUGAAACACUUAUGCCUGGGAACUGGGAUGUUUGUAUUACAUCUUAUGAAAUGAUCAUUAGAGAAAGAUCUGUCUUCAAAAAGUUUAAUUGGAGAUACAUGGUUAUAGAUGAAGCUCACCGUAUCAAAAAUGAAAAAUCUAAACUUUCUGAGUUGCUUAGAGAAUUCAAGAGUAUGAACAGAUUGCUUCUCACUGGUACACCAUUGCAGAACAAUCUCCAUGAGCUUUGGGCACUCUUAAAUUUCCUCUUGCCGGAUGUAUUUAAUAGUUCAGAUGAUUUUGAUUCAUGGUUUAAUACAAAUGCAGCUUUGGGUGACAAUCAAUUAGUGUCACGCUUACAUGCUGUCUUGCGACCUUUUUUACUAAGACGUCUGAAGUCAGAGGUAGAAAAGAAAUUGAAACCUAAAAAAGAACUAAAAGUGUAUGUUGGACUAAGUAAAAUGCAAAGGGAUUGGUAUACAAAGGUUCUUAUGAAGGAUAUUGACGUAGUGAAUGGAGCUGGAAAGGUGGAGAAAAUGCGAUUGCAAAAUAUUCUCAUGCAGUUGCGUAAAUGUUGUAACCACCCAUAUUUGUUUGAUGGUGCUGAACCUGGUCCACCUUACACUACUGAUGAACAUUUAGUUUAUAAUUGCGGAAAGCUAGCUAUUUUAGAUAAGCUACUCCCUAAACUCCAAGAGCAGGAGUCCAGAGUGCUUAUUUUCUCUCAGAUGACAAGAAUGUUGGAUAUAUUAGAAGAUUAUUGCCUGUGGAGGCAGUAUAAGUAUUGCCGUCUCGAUGGUCAAACUCCACAUGAAGAUAGAAAUAGACAAAUCGAAGAGUACAAUGCUGAAGGCAGUGAAAAAUUUGUCUUUAUGUUGUCUACUAGAGCUGGUGGUCUUGGUAUUAAUUUAACUUCGGCUGAUGUUGUCAUCAUUUAUGAUUCUGAUUGGAACCCACAGAUGGAUUUGCAGGCUAUGGACAGAGCACAUCGUAUUGGACAAAUGAAACAAGUAAGGGUUUUUAGACUUAUUACAGAAAACACUGUUGAAGAAAAGAUUGUAGAACGAGCUGAAGUAAAACUUCGUUUGGAUAAAUUAGUCAUACAAUCUGGUCGCCUUGUUGAUACCAAAAAUCAAUUAAACAAAGAUGAAAUGUUAAAUAUGAUUAGACAUGGCGCUAAUCAUGUCUUUUCAUCAAAGGAUUCUGAAAUCACAGAUGAUGACAUAGAUACUAUACUGGCUAAAGGAGAAACCAAGACUGAAGAACUGAAGCAGAAACUAGAAAGUUUGGGAGAGUCAUCAUUACGAGCAUUUUCAAUGGAUACCCCUGGUGCAACAACUGAUUCAGUGUAUCAAUUUGAAGGUGAGGAUUACAGGGAGAAACAGAAGAUAAUACCUAUCGGGAGUUGGAUAGAACCACCUAAACGUGAACGUAAAGCUAAUUACGCAGUAGAUGCUUACUUCAGAGAGGCACUACGUGUCUCAGAACCGAAGGCGCCCAAGGUACAGGCUCCAAGACCUCCCAAGCAGCCAAUUGUUCAAGAUUUCCAGUUCUUCCCACCUCGACUUUUUGAACUGCUUGAUCAAGAAAUAUAUCAUUACCGGAAGACUUUAGGAUACAAGGUGCCACGUAAUCCUGAAUUAGGUCCUGAUGCUGCCAAAAUACAAAGAGAAGAGCAACGUAAAAUAGAUGAUGCUGAAGGUCUCACUGAGGAGGAGAUACAAGAAAAGGAACAGCUUUUAACACAAGGUUUCACAAAUUGGACAAAGCGAGAUUUUAAUCAAUUUAUCAAAGCAAAUGAGAAAUAUGGAAGAGAUGACAUUGAAAACAUCGCAAAAGACGUUGAAGGAAAGACACCUGAAGAAGUAAUGGAAUAUUCAGCUGUAUUUUGGGAAAGAUGUCAUGAACUUCAAGACGUCGACCGGAUCAUGGGGCAGAUUGAAAGGGGAGAAGCUAAAAUACAGAGAAGAGCGUCAAUAAAGAAAGCCCUAGAUGCUAAAAUGGCCCGAUAUAGAGCACCAUUCCAUCAGCUAAGAAUCUCUUAUGGUACAAAUAAAGGCAAAAAUUAUGUGGAAGAGGAGGACAGAUUUUUAGUGUGCAUGUUACACAAGUUGGGAUUCGACAAAGAAAACGUUUAUGAGGAACUACGCGCGGCGGUACACGCGGCACCACAAUUUCGUUUUGAUUGGUUCCUGAAAUCACGUACUGCGGUCGAAUUACAGCGCCGCUGUAACACACUUAUAACUUUAAUCGAAAGAGAAAAUCAAGAGCUCGAGGAAAAAGAACGUGCUGAGAAGAAGAAAAAGAGUGGAAGUGUCAGUCUAAAUACUCCAGGCGGGAACACAACUGGUAAAGGAGCUAACGCUGGUAAACGUAAAGCAGAAAACACCCCCGAUAAUUCGCAGAAACAAAAGAAGAAAAAGAAAUGAGAUUUAAUUCUAAAACCUAGGCACAACUUGAAGAUAGCAUGAUGAACAAUAAAAUACUGAAUGAAUAAUAAUUUAAUUUCCUAUUUUAUUUGUAUCACUAGAGUUCUAACGCUGAUCUUAACUUCCUUAGAACCUGUUAAAAAUACUUGUUUGAAGGUAUUUUUUUUA